CCGCUAUGUGAAUACAAAUAUGAGUGAAUUGAUCCCACGUGAUUUGGUAACGGCUGAUAAGGGCGUAUACGGAUUUGAUAAAUUGAAGAUAAAUGGAAGACCUUGAUAACUUGAAAUAACCUGAAACAAAAGUUUAUCGUUAAAUAUUUAAAGACCACUUCAUUCUAUCUCACAUAAUUUGUGUUCAUCGUGCGUUAAUUCAUUGCGUAAGGUAGAUUCAUUGCAUAAAACGGCUUGGAUGUAGUUAGUAAACAACAUGGUGAUCCAGAUGACACUUCAAAGAUGACUGAUUAACAACAACAGGGUAUGAAUAGCUGUUUUACCCUAACGUAGCCAAGAAACGACCUUAAUUUCACACGAACAAGAGAUACCUUUGAUAAAUUCGAUGCAGUGAAACAACUAAAUUAAACACAUUAUUGGCAACUUUAACCAAACGCUUGAAUGAAUGCCAUAAAAGCUUUUACUCUAAAUUGUGAACUUACGCAUGUUAAACCGGAAAAAAGAUGAGAAUUUAUAAUCACCGUCACUGUUAGGUGGAUUAGUUUGUUAUCUGUAUCAAACGAUAUGGAGGAGAAGAUGAAAAAUAAGCAACCGUCUUUAAUAGAGAAAUUGAAGAGACAGCCGAUAUAUAGAGAGAAGUUCCUGCACACUGUCUGGAUAUGCUGGGCGUUUGUAAUGCUGGGAUGGGCGGAGUCAUUGUUUGGUCCGACUUUUCCCGAUCUUCGCAUGAUAAUUGGCGAAUCGCUGGAAACUGCUUCAUGGCUUGUGACUGUAACGUCAGCUGGGUUCUUGGUUGGAUCCGCUAUCACUGGGAUCCUGUAUGACAAGUUGGACAAACUGCUUCUUAUAAUCGGCUCCAUUAUUGGUACAGCAGUAACAAUAGCAGCAAUUCCUUGGUGUUCGUAUUUCUGGCUGAUGAUGGUGGUAAAGUGUCUUUCGGGAAUGCUGACGGCCAGUCUUGAUACAGGUGGUAAUGCUGAUAUUGUUUAUAUCUGGGACACCGAGGCUGGACCUUAUAUGCAAGGACUACAUUUCUGCUUUAGCUUCGGCGGAAUGAUUGCACCAUUUAUUGCCGAACCUUUUUUAGCAAUUGAAAGGAAUAAAAACACUCUAAACACCACCGACAGUGCUGCUUAUUUUGAAAACAGUUCUACUGAAGUUCCUAUUACGCUCGAGUCCAUCCCUUUAUAUAUGAACAACACUAUGAAAUUAUUAGACAAUGGGUCAGUUUUAUUAAGCCAAAAGAUGCAGACUAAUUCAACAGUCGAACGGAUGCAAGUCUCUGGAGAAACGGCUGUGCAAUACUCAUAUUUAAUAACAGCCAUUUUAGUUCUUGUAGUCGUGAUUCCAUUUUCUGUGAUGUAUUACAUACGACCGGCGGAUGUAGUAAAAAUCGAAAGGAUUACCGAUGAGAAAGAUCCGACAAACUUCAAUGAACUGUCACUUCCGGCAAGGAUAAUGGUUAUAUCCAUUUUAUCACUGCUAAUGAUUAUAUACUGUGGGACAGAUGACAUAUAUGCAGGAUUUUUAAUGACAUUUGUUCUAACUCAGUUAAAAUGGUCGAAAUCAGAAGGGUCUCUCGCUACCUCACUUCACUGGAUAUGUUUUGGUCUGGCACGACUCGGCUGUAUUUUCCUCGUUCGCUUUGUUAAAACAUCUAAAUUGAUGAUAGUAUUUGGCAUAUGUGUGGUUUUAUCUUUCACUGGGUUACUAUUAUCUACAAUUUAUAAUAUAAAGCCGCUGAUAUGGAUUUUUAUCGGCUGCCCAGGGAUUUCUAUGUCAUUUAUAUUUCCGGCCAUGUUUACAUGGACGAAUGAGAAUAUCGUUACCGUCUCAGGGAAAAUGUCUUCCAUGUUUUUGAUGUCAGCGUCUACAGGAGUCAUGCUAUUUCCUCUUCUCUUUGGAUACACAAUGGAACGGUUCUCUCCAAUAUGGUUUCUGUAUUUACUAUUAGGACAAAGUGUCGUCUGGAUUCUACUCUUUAGUUUUACAGUUUUGCUGACAAAAUGUUUACUUAAACAGCGAACUAAAACAAUUGAAAUUAAAAUUCCCGAACAAGAGCCUUUGAAUAUGAAUACAAUUGUGGAAAAUAACUAUAUACUAAAAAAUUAAAAUGACCUAUUAUGUUUCAA